AUGAUAAAUAAAGAAGCUGCUUGUAAAGCUUUAAAGAAGGGUGGAUGAAUAUGUCUGCUCAUUGGAAACCUCCUUAUUUUCAGCGUAUUUUCUAUUUAGAUUUCAUAUUUUUACUUUUUCUUGCUCUUUUCAAUUAUCAAUGCAAGCUAUUCCCAAGCACUGUUCUAUACAUUCAUAGGAAUUUUUAUUUUAUUCAAUAUAGCCUGAGCACUUUUUAGUUCGGAUUUACCGAUCUUUCUGACAGAAAGAGGGGAGUUGGCAAAAGUAAUUAAUGCUGGUUUAACCAAAUGGCACAACCACUUUAUACAGGGUUUCUGCCAUUUGAGACAUGGCUAAACUAGCAUAAGCUGUUUUUGCCAACUCCCUCAUUCUCUCAGAAAAGAUCGGUAAGUCAGAUCUAAAAUAGUUCUUGAGCUAUAUUCUCUAUAAUUAUUACAAAGCUGCGUUUACAGAUCCUGGAACCCCUCAAGAAACAUCCUUAGAAAGCCUAGAGUUAUCAUCAGACUCUCAAUGAUGCCCAAAAUGCAAUUUUUCAAAGCCCCCUAGAGCUCACCACUGCUCAACCUGUAAUAAAUGUGUCCUUAAAAUGGAUCAUCACUGUAUUUGGGUUAACAACUGUAUAGGGCUCUAUAAUUAUCGCUAUUUUUACCUUCUUUUAUUUUGGAUUUUAAUUGGAACUUUCAUUAUCUGUGCAAUCAUGUGGGAUAGCUUUAUAAAGAUUUUAGACGGUGACGAAAGCUUUACUGGAGAAUUGUCUGAUUUAAAUAGAGAAGCAGUGAGAUUUGCCUUUAUUUUAUGUGGGUCGAUGAUGCUGGGACUAGGAUUGCUGUUUGCGUUGCACACUUAUUUGGUCUUGAAUAAUUUGACGACUAUUGAGUAUACUUUUACGGAUAAUUUGGUAAGACUUAAUGGAGAAUUGCCUGGAAACAGAUAUGAUUUACUUCCCUUAUAAGGAUAGAUGCAGAUUUUAUGUAUUUUUUUAAAUUUAUGAUGGAAUUCAUUUAUAUUUUAACUUUGUUUGAUAAUUAAAUAUAGAUGAACAAUAUAUUACAGAGAAAUUAACCCCCCCCAUCCUUGAUCGAACGACUCGCCAUCAUUCGAUCAAGGAUGGGGGUUUAAAAAAAAUUUUUUUUGGGAAAACAAUUUUAUAAUAAAAUAAAAAAUAUAUUUAUAUAUUUUUUUUAUUUACUUUUAAAUAAGAGGGUUAAGAGUAUUUAAUAAUUAUUUUUAUAGUAAAAAAUUGAAUUAAUUUCAUAAAAUACCAGUUUUUAAUAUUUUGAUUUAUUAGUUACCCCUUUUUAAACUGUAUAAAUUUUAAUUUGUUCCUUAUUAAAUUAAAUUUUUUUUUUAAAUUUUAAAAGAAUCUCUAUUUUAUUAGAUUAUUGUGUUUUUAAGCCUAGGCUGAUGGCUAAAAAAACUUCUGAUGGUUGAUUCUGCAGCUUUCUGUUGUCUAAAAGCUCUGAAACAAACUUCAUUAGGUGCAUCUUCCCAAGCUUUUAAUAGCUAAUAUAUUUUUUUAUAUAUAUAAAAAUUGUCAUGAUAUGAAAAUCGUUCGAUCAAAGAUGGGGGUUAAUUUCCCAAAAUUUUUUAGGAAUUUUUACAUUCAAUCGUUCGAUCAAGGAUUGGGGGGGAGUAAGGAAAAACUUAUAAAAAAAAGCUUAAAUGCAAUUGAUUAUUAAUGGAGGGAUUUAGGAAUAAAAAAGAACUGGGAAGAAGUUUUUGGAAAAAAUAAAUGGUGCUGUUUUUGGUUCUUGCCUGAAUUAUGGCUUACUCUCAUCUAUGAGUGAGCAAAGCCACUUGAAAAAUUAUGAUUUUUUGUACCCUGUGAGUGAUAAUUAAACAUGGCGUCUCGGCUCGGCAUGGUCUCCCUAUCAUGCAGCCUCGAGCACAUAUUGAAUUAUAACCGGCAAGGUAUUACCAAUUAGAAAUUAUAGCAAUACUAUGUAAGCAAUCCCUUAGAGUAAGGAGUCUUACCCAAGUCUCUUUUCAGGAUUGGACUUUGCCUCGUGUGAAGGAAAGGCUUGAGUAAGAAAGCGGAAGCCCAGCAGCAUCUUUUGAUCAUUUGGGCAACUCCAUAGCGUGAAAUAAGGAGUUCGUCCUGGGCUACAAGUUGCACGUUUUGCGGACAGUCAGCCGGAAAUUCAAUCUUUUGAAAUUUCUGUGCAGACAACCCAUAUUCAAGCUCGAGAGCUGGAAGAAUAGUCGUCGAAAUCAGAACGCCCAAAGCCGAGGACCAUUCAGAGAGCCAGUUGUGCACAAUGCUAUGUUGGAUCGUGGAAUUCCGAAGAAGGUAUAGAAGCCCGUGCAGGGCAUGUGUAGUGGAUCUUAAGCAAGAACCUUAAUAAAUUGAAUGUAUGUAUGCACACUCUGUGAGUAAAAUAUAAUUUUUUUUAUAUAAAAAAUAUUUUGCUAUGUUCUAUUCUAUUCUGUUAUCGCCAUUUAAAGGACCAACUUUUUCUAAAGUGUUUUUUUUUUUCUUUUUAACUCUUUAAUUUCAACUUUAGCCUCUCUUCUCAACUUUAUCAUCAGCUUUCCCGCCAAAAUCCUUUCCUUUUACAUUAUAACGACAAAUAUUUAUCGCAUCGCAUUCCUGCUUCUCUUAAUCUAUUUAAUUUUUCCUAUCUAUCUCCAUUUGUUCAUUUACUUCAUACAUUCUUCAUUUUCAAUAGCUUCAUCAAUAUUUAAUCGUUCACCCAAGUCUUGAAUUGGCUCUUCGCCCACUAUUUCUUCUCCUGGAAUCCAUACGCCCUUAUGCUGUAGUUCUUCUAUCUUCUUUAUCCCCUCCUUUUUUCGCGUUAACAAUCAUUCUCAUCUCCAUCUUCUCUUUCAUCUUUUAUUGGUAAAAUCGGUUCUGGGUCAACUUUUCUCCGAUUCUCCAAAUGGAAUUUGGGUAAAUCCAAUAGUUGCGUAGUCUUUCUUUCAUCUUCAAAAUAUCAAUUCCUUUAUUAUUCCCAAUAAAAUCCAUUUUAAAAUUCAUAUUUUUUGCUAUAUAAGUGAUAAUUAUAUAAGGAAUUUUUGGAUGAUUCUAUUUAUAUUCAAACAAGCUACAUUCUAAAGCAUAAUUUUUACCAAUUAAUUUUCUCUCCAAUUAUAUAAAAUUGAUAAUUAACCGCCUCAGUGAGUAAAAUAUUUUUUCACUCACCAGAGGGGGUAAUUAGUAAAGAUAAGCCAAUUACCUCUAUAAAUAUCUAA